AUUCGCGUCGACUGGUUGUUGAACGAACGCUGCGCGAAUUUAUCGCGAAAAAAGGAAUUUACGGUGACAAUUUUUACUGCAACUCGUGGUUAAACGUGCUACAAUUGUGGUUAUCAAGUGGUUUCUGUAGAAAACACCGAUAAUUCGUCGAAAUGAGUGGUUACGCUCGGCCACCGCCAAGAAUAGAUGGAAUGAUCUCACUGAAGGUCGAUAACUUGACGUACCGCACCACUCCGGACGACCUGCGACGUGUUUUCGAACGUUGCGGUGAGGUGGGCGAUAUUUACAUUCCCCGCGAUAGACAUACACGCGAAAGCCGUGGAUUUGCAUUCGUACGAUUCUAUGACAAGCGUGACGCCGAAGACGCACUAGACGCCAUGGAUGGCCGCAUGUUGGACGGUAGGGAGCUGCGCGUCCAAAUGGCGCGCUACGGUCGUCCGACUUCGCCGCAGCGUCGUGGCGGCAACAGGCACAAUGGACGUGGUCGUUCCCGUGAACGGUAUCGUCGCCGAUCGCGAUCCCGCAGCGCCGAGCGUCACCGUCGCACCUACUCACGCUCCAAGUCUCGGUCACCACGUUCGCGCUCGGGUAGCAAAUCCUCGCGCGGCAAGGAGUCUCGUUCUCGCAGCCCGGCUGAACGUACGGGACAUUACUAAGUCUCGCAUUGGCGGUGUAUUCGAUUUCGUGCAGCGCGACGGAACUAUACAAUGGCCGACACUUUCAAUGCUGACGACGGGCGAUCGCCGAUUAUUCGAGGGCAAAUGCGGUUGCUGUGCGCUGUCCUGCUGCCUGCAGAUUUGCCCAUCCGGCUACUGAUCCCCUAAUACGCCGUUUUCCUAGCGAGCUGCUUCACGUUCGCUGCGCAACCCGUAAGCGGGAGGAAGGCGAACGGAGAGCGCAAAGAACCGGACACUGUCCGGAUCUCUCCGGGAGCGGCAGUUGUUGAGCUGUGCAUGCUGCCACAUUCGACGGAAUGUUCGCCGGCCGGAAUGUUUCAUUUCGUUCAUGUUCGAAAAGGAAAGGUGUAGCCGGAGAUUGAGCGGCGCGCGCGUGCUGUGUUGGUGUCCGUCCUGUCCGGUGUCCGAUCGACUUGCACCACUUGCAUGCAUGCGUGCCUGGCCGCGCGGGGUUCCGGUGGAAGCGAGAGGUAGGGAUGGUGAUUUUGUUUUCAACGAAAGCAACCUCAGGAGCGGAGAAGCGGUCGCGUCACGGCUUUCAACGCAGCUUCUUCCAGGGAGCAAUGCGGUGACGAUGAUCAUCCCGAUGCCCAGCUUUGGCAGCAGCGACAUUUUGUUUACAACCAUGCUAUGCUGCUGCUGCUGUUUCUGCUGCGAUCGAAUGUUGCUGGUAACGUUGCAGCUGCUACUGCUGACCGCGACUGUCAUCUGCUGACUCUAUGUAUGUGUGUUUGCUGUCUGGGAGAUGCUGACUGUCGGCUGAGGGAGAUUGAACGAAGGCUGAGAGGAAGAUACAGAAUGGGCGAGGCGAGGCAAGGCGAGCGGUGGUUGCAGUUGAUCCCAUGUGUCCGGUUUCGUCGGUGGCGACGACAUUUGGCAGUUUGUGUGUUUUUCUUCUCUUUCUUCUUUUCUUCCAGCUGGAGUAGCAAUUGCAAAUUCUCUCUAUAGUUCUCCAUUUACAACACACCCUAGCUGUUAUCCUUUUUAGAUGCUUUUCAAAGAUUGUCUUUUGUUGUUUGGUUUCCUUGUCCUUCAAUUACUCUCUGUGUACCGGCUUAACACCACCAUAUCGAUUGGUGUCACAAGUUGAACACAGCUGAUACCCAGACACACAUUUGCCACCGCCGCACGUAACUUAGUACAGAACUAAAAAACAAAAACAUUUGACACGUUAUUGCAAAGGUCGUGCAAUGUUCCGUGUCCAAUAGAAGUUUGGAGGAGUGUGCAGUCGUCGUCGUCCGGCAGGCCGCGGCAGUCGCUUGAGCGAGAAUUGAUCAUCACAAACACUCACCAUCACCUAUCCCAUGAGCUUCGCACGAGGAGAAGGACACAUGUAGCUUGAAUUCAGCGGCCACCGCUUCACGUUUUAGCAAAGCAUUUUUGGGAGGAGUUCGAAGAAGUGCGCCAAGACGUACGGAGGCCACACAAGGGGUGUAUGCGAUUGCCGAUCGCGAGCAGAAGCGCGAUGCACUGCGAUUGCAGCUGAGGUUUUUCGAACAAAGGAAGGAGCACUGGCAUCGAGUAACACCUCUUCAUGGCGCGAUUGCUGCCAGUGGUUGUUAGUAGGUGAUAAGGGAUUAGGAGGAGGGAUUGAAGAGAGAGAGAAAGAGGAUCUACGCUCCAAGAAAUUGUAGUAAUGCUCUCGAGAAAGCUGUCUACAGGCUGAAACUGCGUCUGAAAAACGAUCACUGGGGCGGUUACUGGAGUAGUUUAAGGUAAUCAGCGCUGAUCGCUUAGCACGACACGACACGAAGCUGGUUGGUGAAUUAGCAGUUAACGAAUGGUGCCGGGGCAAGCAGAUUUAGCGGUGCGCAGAGUUCGAGAAGGAUUCACACAUGUGCGGCGCCGUUUACGUCGCGUCCCAGCGUGGUUGGCGAGUGCUUUGUUUUGAAACCUGAAAGCCUAGUCCGAGCACACCAGGAUCAGUUCGAUUUUGCCACGAACCGGAAGAUUGUUGUAGCAGGAACUGCGAGCCCCGUACCUUCGUAAUGUUUGUUGCUGACUGCAUCUCUCCUUUUCGACUUGUCUCUCCUGGUUCCAAUGCUCCUGUGUUCGUGUACCGCUCUCAGUGCAACGAUGAUUCUAUGCUUCGUGUUCCUGAGACACUACUGCCAGGAGAAUGUGCCCACGUUUGCUGACAUUACUGGCUCCAUCGAGCACCGAUUCGUGAUUUUUUUUUCUAGAAC